UCGAGCACCCAUGAAAUUGAACCUAGGAUCCAACCCAGUCAAGCAGUCUAUUUGACCUUCCCUGUUUUUUUUUUCGCAGUUGAUACUGAUAGCGUGGGCGUGUGAAUCGUGUAGGUCCUGGUAGGUCCAUGUGAUUCGGUGAAAAAAGUCAACCGUCAGGCCAUCUAUUCACAAGUCUUAGUACUGCGAUGCGGUUCUCUAUUCUAGCAUUUGUUGCAUUGAUACUGCAACCUGUCGUGUCCAGCAACAUUGAGGAAAGUACUUGUUCUUACGACAAUGAAAGUUUAGAAGUGGCCAACGAGGGAGGAUGGGGACUAGUGAAAUCGGCAUUGUUCGGCAAGUCAAUGCAAGUUGCAGAAACAUUACGUGGUCACUUUGAUGGCCUGCUCAGUCAUGAAGGCGCCAAUAGUCUCACAGAAAAACUUGACUCUUUGUCUGCUUCAGCAUACACGCUGUACGAUGGAUUGCACAUUCCAAGUGCGGGAGAGUCCUGGGACAAAAUCGUGGGGCUCGGUUCAAAUAUCCAAGGGAAUGUAGAUGAACUCUUCCAACAUGCCAAGGAACUUUAUCCCUCAAAGAUAUCGGAGUUCAAGAAGUCUGUGAAUAGUGUUGUCAGUACAGCUACAUCACUGCACCAAGUCGUCAAAGGAGCCGCAGAACAACGUGAAAUUCCUCUCGAUUCAGUAUUAGACGAACUUCGAAAUACCCUGCAUGUCCUAUUUGAAGAGCUUAAGGAGCAGUUCCCGCCACCCGAGGAGGCUCCCGGUCAUGAGAAUCGUACCCUCAUAAUCAACACAGUUCUUGAUCGCGUCGAGGAGACUUUUCUACGGGUUGCCAUCAAGUACGGAGCAAGUGAGGAAGUCCUGAAAAAUCACACCAGUUCUCUCAUGUCUGGUGUUCGACAUAUUGUGGGGAUCGUCGGAGACCUUUACGAACAACACCCUCAGCUGGCAUGGACCUUCUUUAGCAUUGCGAUUGCCCCGCUAUUUGCACAGGGGCUUCUUCUCUCAGCCCUCAGGAUAUUUGGAUUUGGGCCAUUGGGACCAAUUGCAGGAGCUCCUGCUGCAUGGUUGCAAGCGUGGUUAUUUCGCGGGGCUAUCCCAGCAGGUAAUUGGUUUGCGAUACUUCAGCGCAUAGCCAUGAGAGGUGCAAUGUUUUAAAUGGAUUCAAUGCCAGUAUUGUAGAUGAUUGAUCCAUAAGAUCAAAAACCUCGGGGUCUGUGAUGUCUGUAAUUAGAUGUUCAUAUCUCGUGAGCAUUUGCGCCAUCUUCAUAAAACUGAAUCUAGCAUCAAGUGUCCAGACCUAUG